AUGGAGUUACCAUGUGAGCCACAAGUGAUCCAGGAGGUAACAUGUACAAGUUCUAGCCCCAAAAUGAUGAUGGAUGAAAACGAUGCACAGGAAUGCCACGAGAGCGAUUCAGUUGAGUCAUUACCUAGUGAAAAUAAAGAGAGUGAAAUGGACGACAGUAGCCAAUUAGCUGUUGAUGCCAGCUUAGAGCACGAUGAAAGUAUGGUGGUGUAUCCUUUCGAUGGAUUUGAGUCCAAAUUAGUCAACGUGCUAACUCAAAAUCGCUUGACUAGGAAACAUCAAUCAGUCUGCCUUGCUUGCCAAACGGACUAUUCAACAUGGUCUAAUCUAGCAUGGCGCUAUCCUAAUUUAAAAUUAGAAUAUCAGUAUGAUAUCAAGUUAGGCUACGGUGAAAUUUGGUUUCAUGCGCCAUUGCCUUCAGCUUUAUAUCGUAAAUUGAUCAAUUACUUUGGCUAUACAUUAGUCAGUAGAAUUUGCCACAAGAAUAUCUCUCUCAAUCGCUUCCGAUAUUAUGGCGUUGGACCUUGCGAUAUUCUCGUCCAUGGACAGCCAGAUAAAUUGAAAACGAGAUGGCCUGAUCGAGGUUUCGAACCAAUUGGUUUAAAGGUUGGAGUAAAUCGAGUUCUACCGCGAUCAGUUCGCCCGCAUACAUUCGAACGUUAUGGUACAACACCAUUGCCCACCUUAGUCUUGGAAAUUGCCUAUUCCCUUGAAAACGAAGAUAGUUUGAUCCAGGAAUUAAUGAAUUGGGUCCAUCAUUCUUCCGUUCAAAUUGCUGUUGGCAUUGUGGUCAUCAAACCUGAUGAUGAUACUAUGAUAUGGCCAAUGAAUGCAUACGUUGUCAGAAAUACCACAAAAGCAUUGGAAAAAUUUUCAACCUUGGAUCCUGCUCAUUCCAUCAUGCAAUUCAAGAUAGAAGAUCUUUUUUAUGGAAUGGAUCUGCCUUUCUGUGAUGAGGAGGAAAAAAUUGAAAUUGACUUAAUUCAUGAUAUCCAGCUACUAUGUUGUGAUAGCAUGGAAGAUGAUGUGAUCGUACCACAGCCUCUCAAGAAAUUACGUCUGGAAUCAUUGGAUACUUCACCCUCAAGUGCAUCUAAAUCUGUCCUAUCCAGUUGUGAUCAAUAA